GGCUUCUUCGGAUUUCCAUGGGUACAAAACUGUCAACUAUCCUUUCCGUUACGCACUUUGCAUAAAGAAAGACUGGGUGUCACUUCGACACUCCAGCCAAAUCAUCGUGUAGUCUGUUUCCAAUUACGUUACCAACAUGACGCGGAUCCUUAUUCUAUUGUCUUUAGGCGCUGUUAUAAAUGCAGCUUUCUUACCAUCUUACCUGGACUACUCUCGUGGCUUGGAAAGACUGUUCGGUAACAAACGAGAAGCUGCGCAAAAGAAGGAACGCUCGCUAUGCGACACCAAGGAGUGCGAAUUGAUUGCGAACGUGAUUAAGAAUAGCUUGGACGAGUCAGUAGACCCGUGCGAUGAUUUUUACGAAUAUGCGUGUGGAAGAUGGUCGAAUAUUAAUCCUCGUCCUGAAAACAAGACUACGUGGAGUUUAUGGGACAUGGUGCAGGAAAAAGUCGAGAACCAGGUUAAAGGUAUAAUCCAGAAUGAUCCAAAACCCACGGACCUCUUUGCCGUGAAACUUGCCAAACUGUGGUACAAAAGUUGCAUGGACGAAGAGGCAGCGGAAAGGAGAGGCGUCGUGCCGAUUUUGUCCAUGAUGUGGAGAUUUGGAGGAUGGCCACUGAUAAUGGAGGACGGAGAAUGGGACGAUAACAUAUACACUUGGCAAUUCGUUGACGACAGCUAUGCCCGGGUGAUGUUUACAAAUGCAUUGCACGACUUGCAUUACGAUAGAUUUUACUACGAGGCCAACGAUACGAUAAUACUGAACAUUCCCCAUUUGCUACCCGAAAUACACUCACUUCUGCCAGAUGGUAGUCGUUACUCUAGCUCUGAUGACAGCGAUGAAAACAAUGAAAGUGGAGAAGGUAGCCAAGAGAAUGGAAGCAAAGAGAAACGUCCAAGGAAGGGUGAAGAUGAUGAAGGUGACGAGGAGGAGGAAAAUAAUGAAGAUGACAACGAAAAUGUCAUGGUUAGAAGGAAGGUUCAUAGAAAAUUAGGUCGCAGCAGAAGCAAUGGGAAUAGCGAGGGGCUGACGAAAAUACGGACGAAGAGGGACAUUUUGAAGGAUAAAGUUCUUCGUGGUAUGCGUAAACAGAGGAAACACGCUACCCAUGGAGUUCGUCACAACGGGAAGAAGACGAAGGAAGUAUCAGAUAAAAAGAAACAGGGCAAAAGGAAGAGUCAUAAGCGUCUACAUAGCAAAAAAAAUAAUAAGAGAACCAAAAUGACCGAAGAAAAUGAUGUUGACGAAAAAACGAAGAAGUCGAAGAACACACCAACAAAGACAAGAGUUCAUAAUACCAAGCAACAUGGACAGAGGGAUCACGUCGCCCGGAGGACAAGAGUAUCGAAACGCGCAGAUGAGGACGAAUCUCCCAAUACCGAUGACGUUGAGAACGAAGAUAGUAGCGACAACGAGGUUCCCACGGAAGAUGAUGAAGAACAAGAUAAUGGCAGUGCAAAUGAAGAUGAUGACGAAGACAACGAUGAAGUAGAGGACAGCGAUGCUGAGGACGACGAAGAGGACGAGGAUGACGAAGACGACCCUGAAGAAGAAGAAAGAGAGAGGCUGCAACGUAUAGAAAAAUAUAAAGGCUAUGUAUUUAACGUAUCGUUACUGCUUUCUAGAGAAAGAGGAGUGGAGGUAUCGCACGAAAAGAUGAAGAAGAGUAUCGAAGACAUGGUUGACUUCGCAAUCAAAUUGGGAGAAAUCACGUUAAUGGACCCAAUGGAAUCCGACGAGUCGACAAUUGAUGAUUUCCAAGAAUUAUACGAUAACUUACCAUCUCGUACAAGCAACAGCAAGGUAAACUGGAGAAAAAAGGUAGAAAAACUUCUCGAAGAAGCAGGUAUAACGUUGGAUGGCGACGUGGAACUUAUACUAUUUCCUAAUUACUUCAAGAGGAUUGUUGGGUUAUUAGAUGAAACCUCAGGCGAAACAAUUGUUAAUUAUAUUCAUUGGCAUUUCGUUAGUACAAUUGGGCCAAUGACUAUAAAAGAAAUUGAAGAAGUGUAUCGUAAUGGUUACGGAACUGGACCUUUUAGUUCCAGGGAGGAGUUAUGCAUACAACAAGUGGAAUUAGGCGACAUAGUAGGGUACCAGUUUGUCGAAGAGCACUUCUCGGAAGAGAUAGCACAAACGGCUAGAGAUAUGAUCGACGAUAUACAAAAGGAAGUCGAGUAUCAGAUCAAGGAAGCUACGUGGAUGGACGAGGACACGGAACAUUUUAUCUUGGAUAAAUUAGUGAACAUGAAAAAUCUAGUUGGUUAUCCAGAGUGGUACAAAAACACAACGCUCGUUAAACGCUACUUUCGAGGGCUCACGGUCGGUCCUUCGCAUUUCGAGAAUGUAUUGAAUUACGUUAAAUACAGAAAAUUGAAGGAGUUACGGCAACCAUUGGAAGAAGGAAUGGAUUUAGACGUUAAUCCACUCAUGCUGAAUGCUUUCUUCAUGCCGGACGCAAAUACCAUAGCGAUCACCGCGGCAGAUUUCCAAAGUCCAUUCUUUGCUCUGAACAGACCAUGGAAUAUUAAUUACGGUGUAAUUGGAGUUGUCAUGGGUCACGAAGUUAAUCACGGAUUCGAUGAUUCGGGUCGCCUCUACGACAGAAAAGGCAAGCCAAUGGAGUGGUUAUCCGCAAUGGCUGCAGCGUACGAUAAGAGAGCUAUGUGUUUCGUCGAUCAAUUUAACAAAUACCCUCUCGUCAAAGGGAAAAACGUUACUUUUGAGGACUACGGUAACCGAACAGCAGGUGAAAACAUUGCCGAUACAAUGGGCUUGCAAACUGUAUUCAGGGCUUAUCAACGAAGAGAACGUGAGUGUGCGAGACCAGACCCAGCACUGCCAGGAUUAGAGAGAUUCAGCAACGAGCAAACUUUCUUCCUGUCGUUUGCCAAUGUAUGGUGCGAAUCUGAGGAUCCAGAAUAUGCCGCGAUGCAAGCCAAGUAUGAUGUGCAUAGUUCAGGACGAAUAAGAGUAAUUGGCUCCGUGUCGAAUUCGGACGACUUCGCGAGAGCUUUCAAUUGUCCAGUGGGUAGUCCCAUGAACCCCGAGAACAAGUGCAAUAUAUGGGUGUAAUUUAAACAAUUGCAAAUUUCUAAUCUAUUCGAUGAAAGUGUAACUUAGCCUAAAAUUGUUUAGAACCUAAAGAGUCUAAUUUUACUUUAAACUGAAAUACAGCAUAUGAUUCGCA